AUGCAUGCCGCCCUGGCCGACCAGAAACCCCACUCGGCACCCAACUCGAAGCCGUCGUCGAUCAAGUCGCACGACAGCAGGCGCUCCAACGCCUUCUUCCCCCACGAUGCCCCCGGAGCCGGCGACGCGAGCGGCGGUGACUCCCCUCACCUGAAGCCCGUCGAGAAGACGUCGGUCAAGGACCGCCUGACGCGCAUGUUCUCGGGCAAGGACAUACCCCGCAGCAGCACCGUCGGCCCCGAGCAAAACGGUCGCUCCCGAGGCUCCUCCCUCAACGGCGGCUCCUCGCCGAACCCGCGCAAGGAGUCGACGCACUCGGACCGGCCCAGCGACAAGCCCUCCGCCGCCCCGCCCAAGCCCGCCGCCGGCAAGGAGACGGGCCAGCGCUUCGUGCCCAACCCCGACGCCGCCGGCGGCCACGAGCACUUCCUCAAGUCGAGCCGGCGCCAGGAGAAGCUGUCGGACCUGUGGCGCAGCCUCCUCGGCAAGAAGCAGGAGGCGGCCCCCGACAGCGACCUCUCCCUCGUCUCCAGCUGGGUCGACACCCUGCGCCUCGAGAAGGAGGAGGCCGUCCACGACAAGAGGACGGCGUCGAGCGCCUCGUCGACGCUCGUGGAAAAGUACGGCAAGUGCCACGAGAUCGUCGGCCGCGGCGCCUUCGGCAUCGUGCGCAUCUCCCACAAGAAGGUGGGCGGCAGCGGCGAGAAGCUCUUCGCCGUCAAGGAGUUCCGUCGCCGGCCCGAGGAGACGGAGAAAAAGUACAGCAAGCGCCUGACGGCCGAGUUCUGCAUCUCGUCGUCCCUCCGCCACCCCAACGUCAUCCACACCCUCGACCUGCUCAAGGACUCCAAGGGCGACUACUGCGAGGUCAUGGAGUUCUGCGCCGGCGGCGACCUCUACACCCUCGUCCUCUCGAGCAGCAAGCUCGAGGUCCAGGAGGCCGACUGUUUCUUCAAGCAGAUGAUGCGCGGCGUCGAGUACCUCCACGAGAUGGGCGUCGCCCACCGCGACCUGAAGCCCGAGAACCUCCUCCUCACCACCCGCGGCGGCCUCAAGAUCACCGACUUCGGCAACGGCGAGUGCUUCCGCAUGGCCUGGGAGACCGACGCCCACAUGGUCUCGGGCCUCUGCGGCUCGGCCCCCUACAUAUCCCCCGAGGAGUACACCGACAAGGAGUUCGACGCCCGCGCCGUCGACGUCUGGGCCUGCGGCGUCAUCUACAUGGCCAUGCGCACCGGCCGCCACCUCUGGCGCGUGGCCAAGAGGGACGAGGACGAGUUUUACGCCCGCUAUCUCGAGGGUCGUCGCGACGAGGAGGGCUACGGCCCCAUCGAGUCGUUGCACCGCGCUCGCUGUCGCAACGUCAUCUACUCGGUCUUGGAUCCCCAUCCUACCCGUCGACUCACCGCCGCCCAGGUCCUCAAGUCCGAGUGGGUUCGCGAGAUAAAACUUUGCAAGGCCGGCGAGGAGGGUCUCUAA